UUUGAUAUGAAUCUUUUACUAUCAUAAGGUCGGUGGAAUAGAGUAAAAGCCAAACUGGUCGUUUUUGUUUAUAAAAGUGGGGAAAUGUUGUGACUCGUUAUACAAUCCACUUUCAUUGCUCCAUAAACUGUUGUGAUUCUUAGUGCCCACGACCCCUAAUGCUGAACUUGUUCGAUUGUUAUUAUUUUUGUGAAACGAAUUGUUAGACGCCAUGAAUUUUGCAGUUUUUGUUUACUUCCUCUGGUCUAUUAUCACUUUGAAUAUUUUCAGUAUUGUCACUUCUCAGUCAGAUAAUCUAGCGGAUUAUUUUUCCCACUGCAAAAAGAAUGAGUCCGACUUUGACAAUUGCGUCAAAGACGGACUCAAUGGAGUUCGACACUUAUUCAAAACAGGGGUGCCGAAGUACAACAUAGCCCCAUUCGAUCCAUUUUUUGCAUCCGAAGUCCCUCAGAAGGUGGGAGGUCGAUUUUUCAACUACAAAUUAAUCCUGAAAAAUGUUUUUGAAUCUGGUUGGACAAUUUCUCAAGUUACGAGAUUCAGGAGCGACUUCAAUAAAAAUAUGAUUCAAUACACUCAAUUCUUCCCGGAUAAAAAAUUAAAGGGCGAGUACGAUUUUGUUGCGACGAUUUUUGGAAAUACGUAUGCAAAUAAAGGACCGUGGAAUUUGAGUUUGUAUGACUUCGUACAAACGACAACGAUUACAAGAAAACCAAGAAUCGCCAGCAACGCCACCCUUGUCUACGAUACACCCCUUAAGGCCAGCGUAGAGGUUCAAAGCUGUAAAAACAUGGAAUUACACAUAGGGCACUUGUUACAGGGAAGAACGGUCAUUGAAAAUCUUGCGGAUCGUAUUAUUAAUACAGCUUGGCAACCAGGUUUUGUGGUUUUAAAACCAAUUAUUAACGACUUGGUUAGCACCGCAUUCACAGAAAUAUUUAAUAAGAACUUCAGGUACUUCCCAUUCCAUGAAUUGUUCCCGUAAAACCCCUGCUAUAGGCAUUCAAUGUGAAUAAUUACUUACAUUAUUGGAAACCAUAAUUUUUGAAUCUAAGUCAUUUGUUGUAAAUUUUAAUUAAGGAUUUAUUUACAAUAUGUAUUGUUUAUAAUAAAUGUGUACAUAUUAA